AUGUACGGACCGGUUUAUCCCAUCAUGGCGGGCGGAGCUAUCUGCUGCUUUGGUUGUGCAUCAUUCAUAUUCUAUUGUGGAUGCACUGCUGCUUUUAUUCAUUUUCAAGCUGACCUGCUGGCGGUCUGCGCAACUGGAGUCACGGUUGGAUGGAUCACGCGUCAGCUGCACUCCCGGUACUUGGCAGCCCUCGUUGCAAUCAUCUUCUGCAGCUACAUAGCGGUAAGAUCGAUUAUUCGUCCAUCGUUCGAAUUCCGACCUUUCUGGGAUGUGUUCCGGGAUUCUGCAGUUGCCCUUGGCAUCUCAGUGCUAUUCUUCUUCAUCUCAUGGAGCGAGCUCGGCAGCACCCGCACAGGAUUCAUGGCAUUGUAUUUUCUUUCAGGCCUUGUGGCGUUGGGGAGCUUGGUGGCCUACUAUGCGGGUGUGGCAGUUCCGUUAUCUUUUGGGUUCAGCCCUUCAAUCGGCACCUUCACGCGCUGGCUUCUUUUCCGUGGAGGUGUGCGUGAGGGGUUGGAAGAAAUGACUGAGCACAAUACCCUCAACAAGACCAUCACGUUCGAGGGUACUGUGAGUCACGAGCCUGGCAAAGCCUGUGUGGUUUCCUGGCCUGGGAAAUAUGCAACAGCCUGGGAUCACAUGGUAGCCAGCGCCCGGGCUGGCCAGACAAGCGCGGCAGUGGUGUUCUUGCCAGAGGGCACCAAGAACUUUGGGAAGCACAGCCGCAUUCCCACACGCGAAGGGUUGGACGGCCGCUGCUGGUGUGAGCCUCUGUAUGGAGAGAAGAAGCCAUGGGGUUGCCGCUGGUGGGCCUUGUGGAUACAGAACGUGGAAGCUGCGGUUAAGCACCGUGCGGAACUCCAGGUCUACUUCUUUGCAGGAGCCUGCGGAAAGGGCAAGGUGGGAAGCUUUGAGACGGCGGGCCAAGAAAACCUGCGCAGAGAGGCACUGCUUAAAAAGAUGCGUGACUUCGAAGACACCGACAGCUUCCGAGACGCCGAGGAGGCGGGCCUCAACAAGCUAAGCCGACUGGAGCGCUAUGACUCAUCGUCGCAAUACAGCCGUGAGAAGUACCGCUUGUUUCUGCAGUGGCUUCCAGAUUCUGAGCGGCAGUUUCUGCAGGAUUCAGAAGGCUUGGGGAAUUCACAGAAAGCGGAGGUGGCGUGGCUUGAGAAGAAAGGCUACAGGUACACUUCAGUGGACAUCUCCCGAUGGUUAAAACAGCCACGGGAGUUACCGGAAGACCGGGAGCAUCGUUGGGCCUGGAAGCCUGAGCCCAACUCCCUCGUCGGCCACCCUGUAGUAUGCAAUGAGCUCCCAUCGCCAUAG